AUGUUCAUGCGGCCAGUACUAACACCAUUGCUCCGGCAAGCUGCCCGACCCGCGGCCUCGUCCCUCGCGGCGCAAAGCUCAAGACGGGCGCCCGCCUUCCUGCGAUCGCCCAUGCUGUCACUCGCACAACAACGCCUCCUCUCCGAUGCCACAAGACAAGCGAUCGACAAGGCUGUCGCCUCCGCACCGGUCGUGCUCUUCAUGAAGGGCACGCCAGAGACCCCACAAUGCGGAUUCUCGAGGGCAAGCAUCCAGAUCCUGGGGCUGCAGGGCGUCGACCCCAACAAGUUCGCCGCCUUCAACGUCCUGGAGGAUUCUGAGCUGCGCGCAGGCAUCAAGGAGUACUCGGACUGGCCGACCAUCCCCCAGCUAUACGUCGACAAGGAGUUCGUCGGCGGCUGCGACAUUCUAAUCUCGAUGCACCAGAACGGCGAGCUUGCGAAGCUGCUCGAGGACAAGACGGUCUUGGCAGCACCCGAAGCCACCGAGGGCGAGGAGAAGUAG